AUGUCCGCCAAAUCUAUCCUCGAGGCCGACGGCAAGGCCAUCCUCAACUUCCACCUCACUCGCGCUCCCGUUAUCAAGCCUACUCCCCUCCCUCUCUCCACAACACACAACCCUCCUGCUCGUCUGGCCUCGCUGCACUUCCCCGAGGACAAGACCGUCAAGGAUGUUCUCGACCAGGCCGAGGUGACCUUCCCUUGGCUCCUCACUCCCGGCGCCAAGUUCGUUGCGAAGCCCGAUCAAUUGAUCAAGCGUCGGGGUAAGAGCGGUCUGCUCGCCCUCAACAAGACCUGGACUGAGGCCCGUGAGUGGAUUGAGACUCGCGCCACCAAGGAUGUGCAGGUUGAGACCGUCACUGGUGUCCUCCGUCAGUUCCUCGUGGAGCCCUUCGUGCCCCACCCCCAGGAGACCGAGUACUACAUCAACAUCAACUCCGUCCGUGAGGGUGACUGGAUCCUCUUCACCCACGAGGGUGGUGUUGAUGUCGGUGAUGUUGACGCCAAGGCUGAGAAGCUUCUGAUUCCCGUCAACCUGAAGCAGUACCCCUCCAACGAGGAGAUUGCCGCGACUCUUUUGAGCAAGGUCCCCAAGGGUGUCCACAACGUCCUGGUGGACUUCAUCUCCCGCCUGUACGCCGUCUACGUCGACUGCCAGUUCACCUACCUCGAGAUCAACCCUCUCGUUGUCAUCCCCAACGCCGAUGCUACCUCCGCUGAAGUCCACUUCCUGGAUCUCGCGGCCAAGCUCGACCAGACUGCUGAGUUCGAGUGUGGUACCAAGUGGGCUAUUGCCCGCAGCCCCGCUGCUCUCGGUCUCCCCGUUCUCGCCUCCUCCGAUGGCAAGGUCAACGUCGACGCUGGCCCGCCGAUGGAGUUCCCCGCCCCCUUCGGUCGUGAGCUGACCAAGGAGGAGAAGUUCAUCUCCGACAUGGACGCCAAGACCGGUGCCUCCCUCAAGCUCACCGUUCUCAACUCCCAGGGUCGCGUGUGGACCCUCGUCGCUGGUGGUGGUGCCUCCGUCGUCUACGCCGACGCCAUUGCCUCCGCUGGCUUCGUCAGCGAGCUCGCCAACUACGGUGAGUACUCCGGUGCUCCCACCGAGACCCAGACCUACAACUACGCCAAGACUGUCUUGGAUCUCAUGCUCCGUGCCCCCAUCCACCCCGAGGGCAAGGUCCUCUUCAUUGGUGGUGGUAUUGCCAACUUCACCAACGUUGCCAGCACCUUCAAGGGUGUCAUCCGCGCUCUCCGCGAGGUUGCCCCCGUCCUCAACGAGCACAAGGUCCAGAUCUGGGUCCGCCGUGCUGGUCCCAACUACCAGGAGGGUCUCAAGAACAUCAAGUCCGUCGGUAUCGAACUUGGCCUCGACAUGCACGUCUACGGCCCCGAGAUGCACGUCAGUGGUAUCGUUCCUCUGGCCCUCCAGGGCAAGAAGACCGACAUCAAGGAAUUCGGCGCUUAA